UUGUCGAUAUUUCAGGUCGGCAUUGUCGAAUGUCGCAAUCUGUGCGAACUGGUUGUGUCCCGCGACGGACAGUGUCUUCUGGACCCAUAUGUGAAGUUGCAGCUUCUUCCAGAACGUGAACACCGCGUCAAGACCCGGAUCGUUCGCUCGACAACGUCGCCAAAAUACGAUGAGCAGUUCACAAUGUAUGGUGUGACCAGCGAACAAGUCACAUUCAGCACUUUGCACUUCCAGGUUGUUGCUUUCGAUAGAUACAGUCGUGACACAGUCGUCGGCGAGUGCGUCUACAGGCUCGGAGACGCCGAAUUAAUGCUCUAUCAGGAGAUGAGAGUGGAGCUUGAACUUCAACCACGUGCGUCUGAUUGCGUUGCGGCUCGUGGGGAGCUUCUCCUAUCGUUGACGUACCAACCUGCAUUCAACAAUCUGACUGUGGUUGUGCUCAAGGCCCGUGGUCUCAGCAGAAACGAAACUGGAGCUGCAGGUUCGUUGAAUUCAAUUGAACAAAUGGACGAGCCUUGUUAA